UUGACGCCGACCCAAGCACUCUCAACAACGAGUGGUGUGGUGGCGAGCCACCACGGCAGGAGAGAUGGCCCAAACGCCCGUAACGCCGAGGCGCCGGGUCAGCGCUCCUCCAUCGCUCGCAUCUCGUGAGUCUAGACACGAAGACACUUCAUGCCGGCUCUGCACUCUGGAGCGGCGCUCUGGUGUUCGCGAGUGCCACUUCUGCCGCCAGACUGCGACCGCCGACUCGCUCGGGCUGCCAGACUCCCACUGGCGCCGCGCCAUCUUCUCGCGCGACGCGUUUGCAGACAAUGCCUCGGGCCUCUCUGACGAGGGCGUCUCGGCGGCUAUGAACGAGUCCUUCCGAGUAGCGACGUGCUCUGUGAAGAAUCUCGACGCGUUUCGCGACGCAAUGAUCUCGAUGCCUGACGCUCUUCGCCAGAGUCAGGCCGCCAAGGACGUCUUCACUCGGGAAGUGCCGCAGAAUCUCAGUCUUCUCCCGACCGACAACGGCCUGCUGCUCCUCUCCCACUACGUUGAAGAGACUCCGCACGUCGGAGUGUUCAAGGCGGCCUGCGACCACCUCGCGCCCUUACUCGCCAAGGGCCCUUUGGUGCACGGCGGUGGCGUCUGCCGCUGGGCUUCGGGCCUGAAUCCCGCCGGGGCCGGCUGCCCUUUUGCUGCUGUGUGGACUCUGUCGCUGGGCGCCGCCGGGUUUCCUGGUCUGGCGGGACUCAAAGUGGAGGACGAGCGCGAUGCGACGGAGGCCGCUGUCUACGCGCUGGCCAACUCGGUGCUGCUGCCGACGGGCGUGCUCGGCGUGCGGCUGAUCCGGGACGGCGAUAUUUUGAUGGCAAUUGUCGGCACGUCCAAUAUGGCGGCGGCGGCCACGCCGUUCUUGCCUCUCCACGUCCCCGGGGCGGCUGCCCCGCGACUCAUCGGCAAGGGGCCCAUCGUGUGGCGCCGGCACGUGCCGCACGCAGCGGCGCGGCGGUCCUUCGCCCGGGGCGACAGCACCCACUUUAGCCUCUCGCUGGCGCCAGCAAAGCUAGACCACCACCGAGUGCAGCAACACGACGGCGACGGCGACGGCGACGGCGACGACGACGAGCAGGCAUCGCGCACGCGAACCGCUCCGCCAUCCCCGUCGUUGUCGCGCCUCGCGCCACUGGAGGAGACCAGCACUAGGGCGAGCAGCGGGCGGGUGGAGGGAGCCUCGCGCGCGACAGGUAGCGACGCGCGGGAGACGGAUCGGUCGCCGCCGCAGCUCUGGACGAUGGGGCUGCUCGCCGGCUCCGCGGUGUUGCUGGGGCUCGUGCGGGCGGGCGUCGUAAGGGGCUGAAAGAAAG